UGCAGUGCCUGGAGAUGACCACCAAGCGGAAAAUCAUCGGCCGACUGGUGCCGUGCCGAUGUUUCCGAGGUGAAGAAGAAAUCAUCUCAGUUUUAGACUACUCCCACUGCAGUCUUCAGCAGGUGCCGAAGGAGGUCUUUAACUUCGAGCGGACAUUAGAGGAGCUUUAUCUAGAUGCCAAUCAAAUCGAAGAGCUACCCAAGCAAUUGUUCAACUGUCAAGCUCUAAGAAAACUAAGUAUUCCUGAUAAUGAUCUUUCAAAUCUGCCAACCACUAUUGCUAGUUUAGUUAAUCUUAAAGAACUCGACAUCAGUAAAAAUGGUGUACAAGAAUUUCCAGAAAACAUUAAGUGCUGUAAGUGUUUAACAAUUAUUGAAGCCAGUGUCAAUCCCAUUUCUAAACUCCCUGAUGGCUUCACGCAGCUUCUAAAUCUGACCCAGCUCUACCUGAAUGACGCCUUUCUUGAAUUUCUUCCAGCUAAUUUUGGAAGACUUGUCAAAUUGCGGAUCUUGGAGUUAAGAGAAAAUCAUUUGAAAACUCUACCAAAGUCAAUGCACAAACUGGCCCAGUUGGAAAGACUUGACCUAGGCAAUAAUGAAUUCAGUGAGCUGCCUGAAGUUCUGGAUCAAAUACAAAAUUUAAGGGAGCUGUGGAUGGAUAAUAAUGCAUUACAAGUGCUACCUGGGUCUAUAGGGAAGUUAAAGAUGUUGGUAUACCUGGAUAUGUCAAAAAACAGAAUAGAAACGGUUGACUUGGACAUUUCUGGAUGUGAAGCCCUUGAGGACCUCUUACUGUCAUCCAAUAUGUUGCAACAGUUGCCUGACUCUAUAGGACUGUUGAAAAAACUAACUACUCUAAAAGUAGAUGACAAUCAACUUACAAUGCUACCCAACACAAUCGGAAAUUUAUCUUUAUUGGAAGAAUUUGACUGCAGCUGUAAUGAACUGGAGUCUCUACCUUCUACUAUUGGCUACCUUCAUAGUCUUCGAACAUUAGCAGUCGAUGAGAAUUUCCUUCCAGAAUUACCCCGAGAAAUUGGAAGCUGUAAGAAUGUAACAGUUAUGUCUCUACGUUCCAAUAAACUGGAAUUUCUUCCUGAAGAGAUUGGACAGAUGCAGAAGCUAAGAGUCUUAAAUUUGAGUGACAACAGAUUGAAGAAUUUACCAUUCUCAUUUACCAAACUUAAAGAGCUUGCAGCUUUGUGGCUUUCUGACAAUCAGUCCAAAGCCCUUAUCCCUUUACAAACUGAAGCCCAUCCAGAAACAAAGCAAAGAGUAUUGACUAACUACAUGUUUCCCCAGCAACCUCGUGGUGAUGAAGAUUUCCAGUCAGACAGUGACAGCUUUAACCCUACACUGUGGGAAGAGCAGAGACAACAACGCAUGACUGUUGCCUUUGAAUUUGAAGAAAAAAAGGAAGAUGACGAAAAUGCUGGGAAAGUUAAGGAUCACUCCUGCCAAGCCCCCUGGGAAAGGGGCCAGCGUGGGAUUACUCUCCAACCUGCCAGACUGUCUGGCGAUUGCUGCACACCAUGGGCCAGGUGUGAUCAGCAGAUCCAAGAUAUGCCCGUCCCCCAGAAUGACCCACAGCUGGCAUGGGGUUGUAUAAGUGGCCUCCAGCAGGAAAGGAGCAUGUGUACUCCAUUGCCAGUUGCAGCACAAUCCACCACUCUUCCCUCUCUAAGUGGCAGACAGGUUGAAAUAAACCUAAAACGAUAUCCAACUCCUUAUCCAGAGGAUUUAAAGAAUAUGGUAAAAUCUGUUCAAAAUCUGGUGGGUAAGCCAAGCCAUGGAGUGCGUGUUGAGAAUUCAAAUCCAACUGCUAACACGGAGCAAACUGUGAAAGAAAAAUAUGAACACAAGUGGCCUGUAGCCCCAAAGGAGAUUACAGUGGAGGAUUCUUUUGUUCAUCCAGCUAAUGAAAUGAGGAUUGGGGAACUUCACCCUUCAUUAGCUGAGACCCCUCUGUACCCACCCAAACUUGUUCUGCUAGGGAAGGACAAAAAAGAAUCAACUGAUGAGUCUGAAGUUGACAAAACUCACUGUCUGAAUAACAGUGUUUCCUCAGGCACUUACUCAGACUACUCACCUUCCCAGGCUUCCUCAGCAUCCUCUAACACCCGGGUUAAAGUGGGGUCCUUGCAGACAACAGCUAAAGAUGCAGUACAUAAUUCUUUAUGGGGUAACAGGAUUUCGCAAUCUUUCCCACAGCCUCUCGAUUCAAAGCCAUUACUCAGCCAGCGGGAGGCUGUUCCCCCAGGGAAUGUACCGCAGCGUCCAGACCGGCUGCCAAUGAGUGACGCCUUCACGGACAACUGGCCUGAUGGUUCACAUUAUGAUAACACAGGGUUUGUUGCAGAGGAGACCGCAGGCGAGAAUGCCAACAACAAUCCUCUCUUAAGUUCAAAAUCUAGAAGCACAUCUUCUCACGGACGCAGGCCUUUGCUUAGGCAGGAUAGGAUUGUUGGUGUUCCCCUGGAACUCGAGCAGUCUACACACAGACACACACCAGAAACAGAAGUGCCUCCUUCCAAUCCCUGGCAGAAUUGGACCAGAACCCCUAGUCCUUUUGAAGACAGGACCGCUUUCCCUUCCAAAUUAGAGACAACCCCCACCACCAGCCCAUUGCCUGAAAGGAAAGAACAUAUAAAAGAAUCUGCUGAAAUACCUAGUCCUUUUUCUCCAGGAGUACCAUGGGAGUAUCACGAUUCCAAUCCCAACAGGAGUCUUAGCAAUGUCUUUUCUCAGAUCCACUGCCGCCCAGAAUCUUCUAAAGGUGUUAUUUCCAUUAGCAAAAGCACAGAGAGGCUUUCCCCACUCAUGAAAGAUAUCAAGUCCAAUAAAUUCAAAAAGUCCCAGAGUAUCGAUGAGAUUGACAUUGGUACGUACAAGGUGUAUAACAUACCAUUAGAAAACUAUGCUUCUGGGAGUGAUCACUUAGGAAGCCAUGAACGGCCAGAUAAAAUGUUGGGACCAGAGCAUGGUAUGUCCAGUAUGUCUCGAAGCCAGUCGGUCCCAAUGCUGGAUGACGAGAUGCUCACGUAUGGAAGUAGUAAAGGGCCACAGCAACAAAAAGCUUCCAUGACCAAAAAAGUCUAUCAGUUUGACCAAAGCUUCAAUCCCCAAGGAGCAGUGGAAGUUAAAGCCGAAAAGAGGAUACCGCCCCCGUUUCAACACAAUUCUGAGUACGUGCAACAGCCCGGCAAAAACAUCGGCAAGGAUUUGGUUAGUCCCAGAGCUUACAGAGGAUACCCACCGAUGGAGCAAAUGUUCUCAUUUUCUCAGCCAUCCGUUAAUGAGGAUGCUGUGGUGAAUGCCCAGUUCGCAAGCCAAGGUGCCAGGACGGGCUUCUUGAGAAGAGCCGACUCCCUGGCGAGCUCCACAGAGAUGGCCAUGUUUAGAAGGGUCAGUGAACCUCAUGAGCUGCCUCCGGGUGAUAGGUACGGCAGACCUCCGUAUAGGGGCGGUCUGGAUCGCCAAAGCAGCGUUUCAGUGACUGAGUCCCAGUUCCUGAAAAGGAAUGGCAGGUACGAAGAUGAACACCCUUCAUAUCAAGAAGUGAAAGCUCAGGCGGGAAGUUUUCCAGUUAAAAACCUUACGCAGAGGAGGCCAUUGUCUGCAAGAAGCUACAGUACAGAGAGUUACGGUGCCUCCCAAACCAGGCCAGUUUCAGCUAGGCCUACUAUGGCAGCUCUUUUGGAAAAACUGCCAUCUGACUAUAACUUGGGUAACUAUGGUGACAAGCCAUCAGAUAACAGUGAUAUAAAGCCGAGGCCCGCCCCUGUGAGGGGAGAGGAGAGCUGUGGGAAAAUGCCUGCAGACUGGAGACAGCAGCUGCUUAGACAUAUAGAAGCUAGAAGGUUAGACAGGACCCCGUCCCAGCAAAGCAACAUUUUAGACAAUGGACAAGAAGAUGUAUCUCCUAGUGGCCAAUGGAAUCCUUAUCCUCUUGGGAGGCGGGAUGUACCUCCGGACACCAUUACUAAAAAGGCAGGCAGCCACAUCCAGACUCUGAUGGGGUCCCAAAGCCUUCAGCAUCGGAGCCGGGAACAGCAGGGAUAUGAGGGGAAUAUAAACAAAGUGACCAUCCAGCAAUUUCAGUCACCAUUGCCUAUUCAGAUCCCCUCUUCACAGGCCACCCGGGGACCUCAGCCUGGACGGUGCUUAAUUCAAACUAAAGGGCAAAGGAGUAUGGAUGGCUAUCCAGAGCAGUUUUGUGUGAGAAUAGAAAAGAAUCCUGGCCUUGGAUUUAGUAUCAGUGGUGGAAUUAGCGGACAAGGAAAUCCAUUUAAACCUUCUGACAAGGGUAUCUUUGUUACUAGGGUUCAGCCUGAUGGACCAGCAUCCAACCUGCUGCAGCCUGGUGAUAAGAUCCUUCAGGCAAAUGGACAUAGUUUUGUACAUAUGGAACAUGAAAAAGCUGUAUUACUACUGAAGAGUUUCCAGAACACAGUAGACCUAGUUAUUCAACGUGAGCUUACUGUCUAAAUAUUUUUUAUAAAUAGUGAAGAUACGUCUAGCCAGACCUAAUGUUCAAAAAUAAAUUUAUACAUAGAAACAAAUUUUGCCAAUUGCUGGACCAAUGGCAAACAUUAGUGCCAAAUGUAUAAUACGAUGUGUUAGCACUGAUCAUCCUUAAAAAUGUUAACUAUAUAAAUAUGAUGUUCAUGUGGUUAUGUAUUAGUUUUAAUUGUCAGCCUCUGGCUGUGCAUUGGUGCAGUUUUGUUUUUGUUUUUGUU